AUGACUACCGCAACAACCAUCGUCCUCGGCAGCAUAUCUGUCAUCUUCGGCAUCCUCGCCUUCGUCUUCAUCACAGCGCGUUGCGCGCUCACCCGCGGAAUCCGCCACACGCGCUUCGCGCCCACCGCAGUAGACCGCGAAAGCACGUUCAUCCAGUACAAUGAAGAUCAAUUCGCCGACUCGCCUCCGCGUCACUUGCGCGCGCCUGGCUAUGAUCCAUCAAGGCCGUUCGUUGGGAGGCUGAGCACGUAUACGCCGCCGCACUCGUUCGCUUCACUUAAGCUUGUACCGGAGCAGCCGAUUGUGAUCACGCUUGAAGGCGAUGAGGGACCGGCGGGAGGCGUCAAGCUUGUGCUCACACCACCCACGCCGUCGAAGCCUUUUCCGGCUUGA